CCCCCCGUUGCUAGGAGACGGGGAUAAACAGCCGGGAGACCAUGGCCUCCAACUACAGCGCCAACCAGUACGAAGAUGCCUACAGGGCCUCACUCCCCUGCUGGAACGUCCCCAAGUCAACCAAGCUCCCUUCCACCCACGACGGCUACACCCAGAUCAUCGCCAACGACCGUGGUCACCUGCUACCUUCAGUCCCGCGUUCUCAGUCCAGGCCCUGGGGCACCUUCUUGGGCACGUGGGAGAUGCCCCUGCGGAUCCCCCCGGCUCAGCUGACCCUGACGGCGAGAUCGGCCGCCGGCGCCGCCCGCCUCACCGACUGGCUGCAGGAGAGCCGGAGCCUCACCGAAGCCUGCAACGGGCUGCGCCCCCAAAUCCGGGGGAAGCUCCAGGAGCCGCCGGAGGCCCCCAAGGAAGGCCCAAGGGUCCCCGACCGAGGGACCGCAACCCCGCAAGCCCCCAAAGGGACUACUCCCUUGGCUCCGGCUCCGGCCCCGGCCCCCGGUCGCCCGCCUUCCAAAAUCCGGGCCUCUUCGGGCCCCCGCAGUCCGACUCAACCAGCCGGAACCGCGGCCCGCAAGCCUGAAAACACCGCCCCCGAGGAUCCCAACCCGGGUCCCGGCCGCCCCCCGUCCAAGGGCGGCGACCCACAGAGCCCCCGCAGUCCGACCCGCAGCCCCGAGGUCCCCGACCCGGGCCCCGGUCGCCCCCCGUCCGAGGGCGGUGACCCUCAGAGCCCCCCCAGUCCGACCCGCAGCCCCGAGGCCCCCGACCCGGGCCCCGGCCGCCCCCCCUCCGAGGGCGGCGACCCUCAGAGCCCCCACAGUCCGACCCGCAGCCCCGAGGCCCCCGACCCGGGCCCCGGCCGCCCGCCCUCCGAGGGCCGUGCCCCUCUGAGCUCCCGCAACCCGGGUCCCAGCCGCCCGUCUCCCCCGAGCUCCCGCGGCACGACCGGAGCAGUGGGGACCCCGGACCCCGGCCCUAAGGCCGCUACCCCGACCCCCGACUCGGGCCCCAGCCCAGAGGUGCCACCGGGCAGCGGCGCGGGCAACGUCCCGACCCGGAGCCGGAGGGGCAGCCGGGCUUCGUCCGUGCUAAGCGUGCCCCUCUGCGAGCCGUGAGGCCGAGCGCGGGGCCGGGGAGGAUCGGGGAGUCGGAUGGAGAAAUAAAUACAUCCCUCCGGGCUUCCCUUGUU